AGUUAAUCCAACUUUGUUGUAUGACAAAAUUCAAAGAGUGAACAUUUUAUGACCGGUGAUCAAAUACAAAAUAACGUUUAAAGUUUUAUUAUUCCGUGUAGUCAGUCAACUUAUAUGUUAUAAAGAACUUUCAAAAAUGCGAGUAUUAUUAACUGUACUAGCUUUGAUAUCAAGUUUGAGUGGAAGUUUUGCAAUUUGGUGUUAUCAAUGCACUACAGCUACACCAGGUUGUACAGAACCAUUUGAUUGGCGUGGAGUUGGUUAUUUGGGCAAUCCUUGCCCGGACGCUGAAGAUGUUUGUGUGAAACUUAUUGAAAGAAAAGGAGCUAAGGAAAUAAUUACAAGGGACUGCUUGAGUAAUUUCAAAGCGUUUAGAACUGACAUACCGGCUGACACAUAUGAGGGUUGCCGACAAGCAGCAAAAGAUGUAAAUUUAGCAAACUUUGUUAACAAUACUGUAAAGGAAUUGGACAUUAAAAGAGAUUGGUAUGACGAGACAAUAUGGUGUUUCUGUUUCCUUGAUCACCGUUGUAACGAUGCGUCGGUUAAAUCCCAUUCAAUGGCACUGUUAGCCUUGACAAGUGUAUUUGUGUUGUUAAAAAGAGCACUGUUUUGAUAUUCAUUCAUGCUGUUCAAAGCUAACUACUCAUAGUUGCUAGACUGGAACGAUAAUGGAAUACUGUGUAGGAUCUGAUUUUAUGUUAUUGAAUACUUUUAAUCAUGGAGAUUGUAAAAUAUUUGAUUACAAUCGAGUACCCAUAAACCUUUUAUAUGAAUAAUAUAGUGUCCGUGUUGCAUAAGAAUACAGAUUUUUGUAUAAUUUGUUAGAACUUUUUGUAAAAAUGACAUAAUAACUUUUUAUGAUAUUUUAGAAGAGAUUUUAAGAGGUUAAUGAAUACAUUCAUACUUAGUAGUUCUUAAAAGGCAAUAGUUUUUUAAGAAACUACUAAGUAUUAUUCUGCUUUGUAAAAUGAAUGAAUACAUAUCACUAACAUUCUAGCAACAACUAUAGUAAUUAAGUUCCAAGUGUGAGUGAUAAAAUGUAAUAUUCCGUCCAUUAUAAUAAUUUAGUAAAUAACAAUGUUUAUUUAUAUGUGUAUGUAUAGAAAUGGUAUGAUUUGACACAGGCUGAUAAUUGAAUUGGGUCAGCUUUUUUAAAGAGCAUCUAUUUGUAUUACAUAAUAAUGAUAUAUUUCAGUAAGAUAGGAAACGUUCUCCAUAGUUAAUUGGAAUUUAUGAAAUAUUAACAAUAGCAUUAAAUGAGAAUACUCUUUGUUUAAAUGGAAUUAAUAUUAUACCUACUCUACCCUCCAUAACAGAUAUUAUGAUGAACUAAAUG